AUGUCGGCUGCCGAUUUCGACUCGCUUGAUUUCAUCACUUUCCAGGCAGAUUCGAGCAGAGGAAAGGUAAGAAACUUCGAGGGUUUUCGUGUCGUUCGCGAAUUUUGCUACAACUGUGUUACCUAGUGAUCUCUCAUUCGAGUGGUCUCCAGAGGCGCUCACUAUAAACUUACAAAUCCUUUUAACAAGCGCUAAAGCAAUUGCAGAAUUAGAUUCCUCUAUACGAAACACUCCUGCUGAUAGAGAGAAUGUAACCCUCUCGUGAUCGCUGAUCGGUUAAGAAAAACGUAUCACACCGAGUUAAAUUUCUUGUGAUGUGGACACACCUUCGGUGUGUAAAAAUAAUCGCAACUUAAGACAGCUGUGUUCACUGCAAAUUUGGCUUCGAUGUACUAUGUUGUCGAGUGUAUUUUCUCUCAUAUCAGAUAGAUUUCUGAACUGCUGUAUUUCGAAAGCUUUAAGGACAAACCCUACGGUUCAAAGCGGUGAGAAGAUGCUAAGAUGUCUUGUAAAAUCACUACCAUUCUUAAUUUUUGUGCCAGUUCUUUGGGUGUGCCAAUUGAAACUAAAAAUUCUGUUGCGAUCUUCUCACAUGUCUUUAAUUCUUUCUCGUUACUGUAAACGCUUAAUUGGAAGCUCAAGGCCUCCUUAGUGGAUAUAAAUAACUUAAAUGCCACAAGUAGCUUGCUAGAAUUUUCUGAGAGUUUUUAUCGCCUCUGCCUAGUUGACCUUCAGUGGAAUGCAACAACAAACAGAAUGCAAAUGCCCGUAGGUGCCCCUUUGCUGAUAUCUCGAAAACACAUUGUGUUGAUGUCAACUGGCAAAGAAAACUCGUUUGAAACCUUUUUUGGUAACUAUCAGAAGCAAUUUCAAGGGCAACGAUAGCGAUCGUUCAAUUUAAAAGUUCAAUUAAAAUUAAGCAACACUUCUUAGAGACUUCACAUUGGAAUACAGUUUAAUUUGUGUCUCUACAUUAUUCAAAUUCAUUUUGUAAAUACAAAAUUAGUGUAGCAUUAAGCUAACACAGAAGCAAUAAUAAUAGUACAAGAACUAGAACACUGCAUAUCUCAAACGAUCCUUCUGUAAUUCCAUUUGAGGAAAGGUUGAAAAAUCGAGAGAUGACCUCGACCAUGAAAUCGUGACGAAGAGAAAUUCUAUUCAUUUGUUAAAUUGUUCCGUUUGAAAAUGGUAAGAAUUAUUAAUUACUUCCUAGAGACUUGGUCAUGGUCAGCUGAAUCCUAUAUCUACAAAACUUCCAUCAGUGCAUAUUCAAUUUUAAGUCAAAACGUUCUAUGCAAAAUAGAUGGAUUUAACAUUCAUUAGUUUCAUCAACAACAGUUUAUUACAACAUGCCUGUGUCGUCAGUUCAUUGUUAACAAUCUACAGGGGACAGAGAGUAACCUAAACAUGGCCAAGCUGAAAUUUUCAAUGCUGAAAUGAAAAAUCCCAUAGUUGACUGGACAAAGCUAUUAGCAGCUGUGCUUCAUGUAAACUUUCAUGCCUUAUAAAGCAGAACACUGCCAUUUUUUCCACAAUUGAAUAAACACUUCACGUGUAGCCACUUUGUCACAUAUGACAUCAAUUUAAAAAGUUGGACCAACUUUCUUGCUAUAAGUACUACUGCUUAGCAGUCUGUUUCAACUGAUCACUGAAAGGAGUGGAGAAUGUGCCAUGCAGUGUGAUCCUUUUUAACAAUCACAUACCUCCUAUGUAACAUAAUCAAUCAUUGCUGUCAAAUGAGAAAUUAAAACUCACAACUUUCCCUCCAAAACACAAAAUUUUCCCACGCUUGGCAUUGACGUGGUGUCAUUGAUAUGAAGUGUAAGUGGCUGAUCUUAAGAUUGUCCACUUUAUAUUGUCAUUCUUGGUCUCUAUAACAGGCUCUUACUCUACUUGACCUAAGAAAGGCUAGAAAAACAAAAUCUAUUGUCUAUCUUAAGUUAUAUCAAGAUAAAGAAGCAUUUUAGUUUUGAGUAAAUUUUGUGGCUACACAUAAUGUACCUUGCAUCUUUUCCAACAUUGCAUUAUUUAUAAACUUUACAGGAGCCAUUGGUUGCAGGUGAGAUUGAAGGGCAGCCAUGUCUGGACUGCAAUUGUCGAGGGCUUUCUUCUCAUCCAUGGAGGUGAGAGUGAUGGUGAAAUUUGCACUACAUGUGCAUCAGAAUACAGAAAACACUCUGAAUACCUCUGAAAAACUUUUCCAGGACAGAUCUUUAUAAGUAUAUAUAGCACUAAGCAUUAUUCAAUGUUUUCUCAAAGUGCUUGUUAUUAACUUUUAGGGACUAAAACUUAGCUUUUACCUGAAAUGACAACAUUUCAGUCACCGGUACAUCUCUUGGUGGCAGCAGUAAAUAGCCUUACUUGUUUAAUGAAUUGGAGGUAUGCUGCAAAGCUUACAAGCAUCUCCCUGUAAACACUUUGUUUCUCAUUUUCAGAAAGAGCUGCAUUUUCUGCAAAUGUCCAUUAGAACGCCAUGACAUUCCUCUGAAUGCAAGCCAUAAUAAUUUGCCAGAAGACCGUAUGGGGGUUGAAGAGAAGCCACCAAAGCCAUCAUUGAUUAAAGUGAAGGAAGCGAAUGCAGAGGGAUUUGUAUGGGUGCCUGCUGGUCUGACAGGUGGCCAGGUAUGUUAAACCAGUUAUUUGUAAUAGUGACCAGGAAUCUUAAGUGCUUGAUGUACCAUGAGAGAAUUGAAUUGGAUUCCUCCCCAGUAUAUCAAUACAGUAACAAGCCAAGAUUUUGUAAGAAUGUCGAAAAAUAUUAACUAAGAAAUUAUUUUUGGAUCUUACUCCAAAUUCUCUAAACCAGCUUAAUGAGAAAUGUCUGAUAGACAGUUAAGAGAAUUAUUGUCAAGUUACUGGAGUGAAAGGGCUCAUUAGACAAGGAAUGACAAAUUUAUCACUAGCAAUUUUCAUCUUGAUAAGACCUUAUUUUGUCUGACCUUAUUUAUAAGGAAAUUUUUUGGAGUUGCAAUUACAAAUUAUUAUGAUUCAGUCAGAUUUUUUGAAUUGAAGGAUUUAUUUUUGUUUUUAAGAUCACAGAAUUCAUGUCUAAGCUGCCAGAAGAUAAGGUCCCAAAACUUGAUUCUAAGGGUGCUAGGUUUUGGUUGAAGCAGCGUGUUUACCAGAUGCCACUGCAAGAUUUCUCUACAAAGCAUUGCCGCAAACUGGCACUGGAUCAGAAGAUGGCUAUGGAUGACAUGUGUCUGAAGAGGCUAGACAAGGCUGUGGGAAUUGGUAAGAAAUUGUGUAUUGCCAUUUCAAACUAAUAAGCACACUAUGCUGACAGUAUAAGCCAUUAUUUUCUUUGCAGGAGCAGUGAAAAUAGGCCUCACCAUGCCAGCAUCAUGCACUAAGUGCACGAUCCCAAUGAAUAUUGGUGAGAUGGCUGUGUUUGCCAUUCGCUCAGGACCAGACUCAUGCUGGCAUGUGCAAUGUUUUGUGUGCUCAGAAGAUGGUGAGCUACUAGUUGAUCAUGUCUACUGCUGGGAUGAAGAAAAGCAGAAGCUAUUCUGUCCAAGGCACUGGAGCGAGUCACUAAAGCCUCGCUGUGCAGGAUGUGAGGAGGUAUGAAUGUGUUAUGAUAAACUUUGCAAUGGAAAUUUAUUUGAUGUUAAGCAUGGUUUUUGCUGUUACAGUGAUCACUAAAUUAUCAACUUGCUGGCUCUUGGGGGUCAAUUUUUCAUCUUGGUAGCUCAUAUGCAUCAGUACUUAUCAUCAUCAUCAUCACAUGUGAGACAAUGACAUGAGGCAAGAUAUCUGCAAAAUUUCAUGUUAAUAUUAAGUCAAUGGUCAACUCAACACAACUAUCAAAAUUUAGCGUUAUUGAUUUGUUGAUAGGCAACACUUUUUAUGAUUUAUCAUUUGGUAUUUAUAAUGGUAAUUGAACUGAGUGGAGUGCAAUUUGGGCUGAAAUCAUAUGCGUGAUUUCCAAAUUGAAUGAGCAUGCAGCACGAGUUCCAUUUGAAAUCACAAGCAUGAUUUCAGACCAAAAUUGCAUGACACAAGGUUCAAUUACCACUUUAUUACAUCCAUUUUGAAAUUGCUCAAAUACAGGACAUUGCCAGUUCAAAUAUUUCAUUGAUGCAGUACUGAGCUGGUUUGAAAUUAAAUUCAUCCUUAUUUUGGGGGAAAAAAAAUAACAGUUUUGGAAACAAAGGUAGCAAAAUUUGCCACAUGAUACUCUUUAUCUCACAUUUUCCUGUAAUUUGAUUGGUUACUUUAAACAAGCCUUGAAAUCUGAUUAGUUGUUGUGUUUUUACUGAACCCUCCUCAUUGGCUGGGGAAAAAAGAUGCAAUUUAAAACAAAAAAUGGUGUGAUUUGUAGAUAAGCGAUUAGAGCCAAUCAGAUUACAGGGACCACCAGUGAUUUCAAAAUGGGUGUAAUAAAUUUUAGAAUUACCUUUUUCCCAGUUGAUCUAUGUAGGGGAAUAUUCCCAGGCUAUGGACCAGAACUGGCAUCCAGGUCACCUUUGCUGUUACUACUGUGAUGAGUCAUUGUCAAACCAGAAAUUUGUCACAGUGGAUGACCAGCCUUCUUGCAUCAACUGCUAUGAUAAAAAAUUUGCCAAUAAAUGUGAGAAUUGCAAGAUUCCAAUUGGUCCUGGCACUAAAGAUGUUGAUGUUCGUGGUAAACACUGGCAUGAGGAAUGCUUUGUAUGUUCACAGCCAGAUUGUAAAAAGCCUUUGGUAAGUUUCAGUCCUUGGACAUUGCUCCAUGGUCUCAAAAUUUAGUCCUCAUGAAAUACUGUUGACCCUUUAACUCCCAUGAGUGAUCAAGAUAGAAUUCCUCCUUACAGUAUCAAUACAAUAUCAACUAGAUUAGUGAAGAGAAUAAAGAAAAAUAUCAAUUUGGGGAUAAUCAAUUGAUCCAAUACAAAAUUCUCUGAACUAACAUUUUAAGAAUUGUGUGGUUGACAGUAAGGAGAAUUACAAAUUUGAUCUGGGAGUUAAAGAGUUAAGUACCUGUGGUGGUCAGAGUAAUUUUCAACUGAGCAUUAAAAGAGAUUGCAUUGGUUUUUAUGUGACUAGUCCAGAAAACUUGUGGCACUCUUAACCAAUCAAAUACAAAACUAAAACCAUUCAUGACCUGGUAACUUGUCUGAAGGCAGUUUGAGUGAUUUUUUACUUUGAGUUCUCUUUGGCUUUUAACCCUUAAACUCCCAUGAGUGACCAAGACAGAAUUUCUCCCUAUAUUAUUCAAACAAUAUCAAGCAGACAAGUGAUGAGAAUAGAGAAAAAUAACAAUUAGGGGUUAUUAGCUGAUCCAAUACCAAAUUCCCCAAACUAACAUCAUAAGAACUGUAUAGCAGACAGUAAGGAGAAUUACUCUUGUGAUCUUGGGAGUGAAAGGGUUAAACUUUCUUCUGGUUGGCUGUUAUGAUUACCUUGAUUUCAGUUUUACAACAGUUAAUUGAAAAGAGCUCUAAGUGCAAUUGUGUUUUACACCCUUCUUGUUAUUAUGCAUUACAACUUUGCAGGAUUUUUCUUUCAGGGAUUAAAGUUAUAGAAUACAGCCAUAAAAGUGAUAUAAUUUCGAUAUCUGACAGCUAGCCUUAGUCAGAGUGCUUAAUUUAACCCUUUAACUCCCAGAAGUGAUGAACAUAAAACUUCUCCCUACAAUAUCCAUACAUUCUUCAGCAAACAGGUAAUGAGAAUAUUCAAACUUAUCAGGUAGAAGCUGCUAUCUUGAUCUAGCACCAAGUUCUCAUAACUAAUUUACAAGGAAAUGUGUAGCAGCUACAGGGGAGAAUUAACAAUCAGAUCUUGGGAGUUAAAGUGUUAAUGUUUAUUUGAUUUUGUAGCUAAAUCAAGGGUUCACCUUCAAGGAAGACAACUUGAUCUGCCAUUCCUGUCGUGGAAUUACCCCAUCCAAAGUUUGUGAAAUAUGUGGUAGAGAUUUUGCUCCAGGGGAGAAGAAAGUUGGAUAUCAGAGCAAAACCUUCCAUGAGAAAUGUUUUAUAUGUGAUGAAUGCAAACAACCUAUUGGUACUCAGCAGUUUAUCAGAAGAGAGGACAAGCGCCUGUGUGGAAAGUGCUAUGAGACUGGUUAUGCCAGGGUGAGUGACAAGGCAAUGCUUUAUCUUUGGCAUCAAAGGAAUGAGAGAAGGAUGGGGUCAUUUUGUCACUUUGUAGAUCAAAGCUCACCCCCCUUCCCCCUCCCCCCCCCCCAAAAAAAAAAAAAAAAGGUCCGAAAUCUAGAGGUGAUAUGUUUUGAUUUGUUUGGCAAAUUAGAAAUAGCAAUUGGGGCUUUUCUCUCCCAAGAUCUCAUUAAUAAUUUGCCUUGCUUUACAGUUCUUAUGAUGUUAGUUCAGAGAAUUUGGUAUUAGAUCAACCAAUUAUCCCCUAAUUGAUGUUUUGAUUUUUUAUUCUCAUCACUUGCCUGCUUCAUAUUGUAUUAGUUUAGUGAGGAGAAAUUCUGUCUCGGUCACUCAUGGCAGUUGAAUGGUAAAAAAUUUUAGUGGUGGAGACAAACAAAUUUUGGGUGACAUUUGUUUCAGGGAGAGAGCAUUUUAUUUUGAAAUUACCUUCAUACCUUCAUAUAAAGUUCCUUGUAGCUCCUUGGUAAAUGGGCAAGACCAGUGUUCAGUCAAUGAAGUCACUGGUUGAAAUUGGCUCAUAUGAAAAAGUCUACAUUGCAGACAAAAAAGAAAGGUUUAAAGGUGUAUUUGCCUGGCCACUACAACCUGAAAAUAUAUCAAUAAUUUUAACGUCAUACUUCAUACCAAAAAAAAAAAAUUAACUGGAGUUACAAAUUGAUUAAUGACAUGUUGAAAUUUAUUUUGCAGAUCUGUGUCAGGUGUAAUGAGCCUAUAAAAACUGCUUCAGUAAAGCAUGAUGGCAAUGUGUACCACUCAGAAUGCUUCACUUGUACAAUGUGCGCACAACCAUUGGCAGGAAAGCCAUUUACCAAGCAUGAGGGAAAUAAUGUUUGUCAAGAUUGCUACCGCAAUAAUUUUGCAAAGAGGUGUGCAGCUUGCGAGAAGCUGAUAGAAGGAAGUGUCAAAUUUGUAGCUUAUGGUGAAAAAUUUUAUCACCGAGAUUGCUUCACAUGUGCCAGAUGUGGUAUGGCUUUGGCUGGUGAGAAGUUCCGUGUGGUAGAGGAUGAGAAAGUGUGCAUCAAAUGCAGUUCUUAAAUUAGUUAACUGAAAAACUACUUGAUUCUGCAAAGCUGGCAGUAACUGAAUAAUUAGAUAGAUAAAUAAAGUGUACUUGUCAUUAAUUCUCUUGAAAACAGGAGUGAACGUGCUGGGCACGUCUAAGUCUUAGCUUUAAGAUAAUUUUUUACCACUACUGCCAACUAUGCAGAGUCACUUUGCUAUUACUUAAUUAAAGACCAAACUAUAUCUCAAAGAUUUACUGUUUAACAUUUGAAAAGGAGUUCUAUUUAAAUUUAAUUUUUAACAAAGCAUUUAGAAGGCAAAUGUGGACACGUUUGGGCUGAUUAAUGAAUUUAUCACACAUACAAAGGAGUUCAAUCUUAUUUUAUGAAUUUCUCAAUAAGAUGAUCUAAGAUUUUGAUGAGGAGUUUACAUUUUUGUUUUUGAACCAUUACUUGGUGGCCAAACUGUUAGCUUGCUGGACUUUGGGUUGAGAGGUCUGGGUUCUAGCCCCAGUGGGGUCAUUGUGUGGUGCUCUUAGGUAAGAACUGGGUAGCGGAAAACUGCCAGGGAAUCCUGACAAAAUGCCGAGAGUUAUCCUGUGCUGGACCAGCAUUAAAUCUGAGGGGAGGGAGGAGGGAGGCAACAAUAUCCCCUGUUGCUUCUUUCUGCAGAGAGCACAGACUGAGGUCAGCUUCAGUGCCUGUGGACCAUGCAGCUGAACCCUUUAACUCCCAUGAGAGACCAAGACAGAAUUUCUCCUUCCAAUAUCAAUACAAUAUCAAGCAGACAAGUGAUGAUGAGAAUAGAUAAAUUAUUGAUUAAGGGAUUAUUAGUUGAUCCAAUACGAAUUUCUCCAAACAAGCAUCACAAGAACUAUAUGGCAGACAGUAAGGAGAAUUACUAAUGAGAUCUUGGGAGUUAAAGGGUUAAGUACAGAAUUCUCUGUUCCUCUCAUAUAUUCUAACAGAAUAUUUUACACUGUGGUUAGGUUAUUUUAUGGAUUCAUGAAUGGACAGUGUCUUCCUUUUCUUGAAAACAUAGAACAGUUGCAGUAGUUUUACUUUACAUCAAAACAAUGAGAAAAGUUGCAAGAGAUUAUCAGAAUUAUAUUUUUUUCCCAAAGUGUUGAAAGAGUGGUUGACAGUCUGUAUUAGCCUUCAAAUAUUGUGUGAACCCAAAUUUAAGUUAUCUUCACUUCUUACUUAGCAGAGUAAGAUAAUCUACAUUUUAAUAUGAUGUAGUUGCCUGGAACAUCCAGUAAUGAGUUAAAAAGUUAUUCUAUCAAUAGUAUUGUUAAAAGAAAGGAGUUAAGAUUUCUAUGGUCUCUUUUGCUGUUCCUUAAAUGAAUUAGGUACUCAUAGAAUUAGGCACUCACAGAAAAAGCUAUAUGUCACAUUGGGCAGUCUUGCAUGAUUCAAGCUUUCAUUCCCACACUGUUUUGCUUUUU